CAAAUUCAGAAAAAUGAAAAUGAUAAAAUUUUUCGAGAUUUUGGUUUUCAUUUCAAUCUCCACAGGGCGAACAUUCAGAGGAGGAGAACUCUCUAGCUCUGAAAUGUCUGAGUUGAAGUUGAUGAUGGCAGAUAUAGCUGAUGACGGAGAUAUGUCUGAUAUGAAGAUACCUCUACCUCCACAAACAAUUAUGAAAAGACGUGAAGAGUCGCAGAGAUGCAUUUUAGGAACUAAGGAAUACUGCCCGGGAGAAAUUCUAUUCAGGAUUGGACAGAACAGAGUGAAAGCUAAGAUUUGUCACCCUAACUCCAAGUUUAAGACUGUCAAGAUUCCAGCUGAUUAUCAAGAACUAGAGAGGUGCCAGCACAGAGGAAUGGAGUACUGUGAUGGUGAGAUGCUUCGCGGAUUUACAGGCUGGGGAUUUGUACAGCAGUGUACUAAUGGUCGUCUUCAACUAGAAGCAAGGUCAAAUAGACAGGUUACGGGUGCAGGAAUUGACUAG